GGUUUGUUUUCUUAUAAAACAAAUAAAGGCACUGAGCUUAUUUCUGUAAAUCCAAAUAAAUCAUGUUUCAUUUAGUAGUGAAUAAAGUGUUCACUUUCAGUUGAUUUCCAGUCAGUGAUAAUCAUAAGGCACCCUGACAACCUUAAAACAAACAAACCAGUCUCAUUUUCAUUACAAAAGCUUUCUCUUCUCUUCAUAUCUGGCAAUUAGACAGUGCAGUGACUAAUGUGUUUUAUAUGAUUAACACCCAACAUUGUUAGCAAAAUGAACUUGUCCUUCCACAUUCCAUUCAUAGUACAAAACCAGACUCAGAUCUCUUUUAUUAUGCUAGGGUCACAUUUAAAGUCUCCCAACCUGAAUCAUUCUCUCAGGUCUUUUGGAUACAGAUCAGCUGUCAGAGUUUUGUCUCUUCUUCAGCCAACGCAGGUCACACUGACAGGAUGGAACGAUCAAUGUGGACGAGAAUCUUCCAAAAUAAAGUGAGGAAUCUUCAACAAGGAGACACCUGGCGUCUGGAGUUUGAUGACAGUCUUGUGCCUCACAGCCUGAACCCAGGCUGGGAGCAGUACAUCAGGAACACAGUUGCAUGGUUCAAAUGCACCAUGUGUAGAAGAGGCUGGCCUUCCAACCGGGUGAUGGUGGUCUUCCACAUGCGCCUGUCCAACGGGCAGGGCAUUGUCAAGGUGAGGCGCUUCCGUCAGAACUGCAAGAUCUGUGACGAAGCUCCAAUGGAAAUGCCCGACAUCACCUCCGAGAACAUCAACAUCCUUCUAGAGAAUCUGGUGGAGAAGAUAAGAAUCAAAUGCUACCAUGAAGACCUGGGCAGAGGGAACAGGCCUUUUGUAAACCUGGAAGUCAAGAGUCCCCAUGAGCCUGCUCAUUGUGAGGCCUGUAGGGAAGGCGUCUGUACAAUGGAUUGAACUUGUGUAACUUUUAAGUCAGCCUUUUAUUAAUUGAAAGAAAAAUGUACAUUUGUCUCAGGCUGUCUUGUAAUUAAGUUCUAUGCCUGUAGCUCAUAUUAGCAAAGCAUGUAAGCUUUCAUAUUUAUUCUUAUUGGCAGUCAGUUUUCUUUAACAUAUACAUUUGUCUGCUCAAUGCAUUAAACAUGACUUCUUAAAAACAGAAAUGUAACAUAAAUAAAGAGUUUACAAGCAAUACACUAAA